AUGAAUAAAUGGGUUAAUAAAUGGAUUCGAGUCUAUCUGAAAUGUUACAUAAAUUUAAUUUUAUAUCAUCGGAAUGUAUAUCCAGAAGUAUCGUUUGAUAUAACUACAUACCAAGGGUUUAAUUUACCACAAUCAAUACCAAUCAAUAGACAUGUUGGAUUGCAGAAUUACAUUGAAGAGCUCAUCGAGGAUCUCUUAAGUAAAAUUCUAAAGAUCUAUAGGUUUUCAAUCUGUAUUACUAGUUUUGAAGAUAACAUUUGUGUUGAGAAAUAUGUACUUGAUUUUGGAGAAUUUAAACAUAUCGAGAAUAUUGGGACCCUCCAAGAGUCUGAAGUAUUUGAUGAAUUCAGAUCAAGUUUAAAUAGUCUGAUAUCCAUAUUGGAAAAAAUGCCACCUAUAUCAGAUGAUACUGUGACAUUUGAAGCGACGAUAAAUGUAAUUGAUAUGCAAUUAGGGGAGAAUUCUCAAGAUAUAUCGACAAUUACCAACGAAGAGCAGAAAUUAGAAUAUGAAAGGGAUACAAAUUGGACUAAAUCUGAGGAGGACGAUAAUAAUGGCAUACAUCUAUCCAAGUCAGAUUCUUUGUAUUUACCAAAAACAAAAAUGACUUCAAUUGUAGGCUGUGAUGUUGGUCCUUUAAUUAUAUACGCUUAUUGUGAACAAUUAUUAACUGCAGAUGAAAGAGUAAAUAAAAUUUAUCCGACAAGUGAUACACCAGAACUUAUCAGCUCUAUAUGA